UCAGGGCUGCAUUGGAACAGCCGCAAAAAUGAAAGCUGCUCUCGUGGUCCUUGCUGUUGUCGCCGUGGUGGCGGUGUGCGGCGCGAGGCGGAGGUCGACCACGGCGCGGCCGUGCGAGGACCGCUGCACCCUCGAGUACAGCCCCGUGUGCGUCCGCGACCCGGACGGCGCAUACUACUUGUUCAGCAACGAGUGCUUCCUGAGGGUCUGCAGAUGUCGCGCCGACAUUGAGUUCGCGAGACUGGACGACCCCGACGAGUGUCCCUCCGACGCAAGGACCAAGUGCCCGGACCAGCUGCGCUCGCCGAGCGACGCCUACGGCGAAAGCGUGGAGGUCCCCGAAUCGCGGUCAGAUUCUUCCGACUCGUCCGAAGAGGGUGACAGGAACAGGAGGCGCCACGAGCAGAAAGAGCGCUACUUCUGAAGCCACCGGGAGCAGCAGGGCCCCGUCUCGUGCAGCAGCUUGGGCGUCACCACUCAAAAUGUUCUUCACCACAAUGUUCCCGCUGCAGUAGUACAUUCCACUGUGCCACUAAUGUUUGAAAUACCGCUGUGCACCGUUGCGUUACUUGUAGACUUUUUGCAUUGAAGAAGCACUGCGACCAUGUUUUUCAUCAGUUGUCUGUGAUUUGGAUGUA